AUGCAUACAAUUCAGUUGGCAACGGCUUGUCUGGCUAUUGCAGGUUGCGUGUUUGCUGCUCCUGCAACUCAAGUUGCAAGCAAAGAUUCCCAGAGACUUUCGGCUCGGGCGACGUACUGGAUCAAGUUCUAUAAAGACGGAAGAUUCACGGGAGAUAAUCUUUUCCUUGAAAACCAGGUGACCGGAGUUUGCUAUAAUUUGCCUGGCAAUUGGAACGACAAGAUGAGCUCUGUUCAAGUCUCUGAUGGGCAUUCAUGCCGAUACUGGAAGGACAACUACUGCACCGGCAGCGUAUUUGGCGGCAACGACCAGGACUGGGCGGAUCUUCCUACCGGGUUUAAUGACAAGGUUACCUCUUGGCGUUGUUCUUAAUUCUAUGGAGCCGCGAAUACCUUAGCUAUAAGAUAUUCGAUUUGUGGAUGCAGCGGAGCUGAAGAUGCCUUUACCUAGUUGACUAUAUCCUAUUAAUCCUAUUUCCUGGAUUUCUGCGCCAGCAGCCGUUUAUCCGCUG